AUGAUUCUUCUUUCGUUGACGCUUAGCGUCGUCAACUGCUUCGUCGUCAUCGGAAAUCUACUGGUUUUCUACGUAAUUCUCACCAAAAAGUCACUGCAAACGUCCACAAACCGUCUAGUGUUAUCGCUCACAAUCAGCGACUUGCUCCUCGGAAUUCUCAUCCUUCCCUUCGCCAUCAUUCAGGUAUUCCGUGCUCUGCAGCUACAAUAACCGCAUAAUUCUUUCUUUCCAGGAGCACACGAGCGAGUGGCUGUUCGGCCACGUCGGCUGCCGUCUCUGGCUUUCCGUCGACGUCUUCCUCUCGACAGCUUCCAUCUACAACCUGCUCGCCAUCUCGUUCGACAGGUACAUGGCCGUCCGGCAGCCCAUCAAGUAUCCAAUCAUCUCCUCCACCAAGUACGUUUCCCCUCCGGUCCCUUCCCCGCAAUACCCUUUCCGUCCCUCAGGGUUGUCCGUCUCAUGACGUUCCUUGUCUGGUUCUGUUCUCUGCUUUUGGCAGCUGUACUCUUCAUCCUGGAGACGCUGAGUUCCCACGAUUAUCAGUCAUCGAAAGAGUGCCAACCGACCACUCUCCCUUCAAUGUACAUCAUUUUCUCGGCGAUGGCGUCGUUCAUUGUUCCGGCGUUCGUGAUGAUCAUUCUGAAUGUUCGGAUAUUCCAAACGGUCCUUCACACUUCGAGGACAAUGACAGUCAAAUCGAAGAACGGAUCAUUGAGAGUACAUCGGAGGAAAGAGCCGAUUGUUCCCGUCAAGGUUCGUUUCGAACAAAAGUUUAUUGAACUAUGACCUCUAUUGCAGAAGCUGGAGAGAUAUGAGACUCGGACGAGCCAAGAGGACGAGGUCGUGGGAACGCCGUCAAAAGACGAAAGAGCCAGCGACACGGUGCCGGUCGUGGCCGCCGUCGUCGAGAAGCACAAGCACUCGGUGGACGCUCCCGCCAUCCGCACAUUUCUCACGCACACUGUGGUUUUCGGAGUGUUGGAAGCGAAGAAGACGAACAUCAUCAACCACAUCACACAGUGAGUUCUUUUUCGAGGGGGAAUGGGAAGACGGAAGCGUAUUGAAGAUGGUGGCUGAGGAGUACGGUCUGUUCGAUGCAAAGGUAAGUGAGAAUCGCAGUCAAACUAUCGCGUACUCUUGUUGUAACUCAAUCCGUUUGCAGUUUCUCUAUCAAAAUUCAUGUAUAUUUUCAUUCAAAUGCCAUUUUUUCCAGAAAGAAAGUGAUGCGUCGAUCUCUGCGUACGGAAAUGAGGGUCGCCCGCACGACAGGGAUCGUCGUCGCCGCGUUCAUCGUCUGCUGGAUCCCGUUCACGACCAUCUACGUGCUGCAGGCGUACUCUGUGUGCACGGUGGCCGCUGGAUGCAUCCCUACUUCGCUGUUCACCAUCGCCUUUUGGCUCGGCUACUCCAACUCGGCCGUCAAUCCCAUUCUCUACGCGGCCUUCUCCCGCGACUUCCGAAUCGCUCUCAAGAGGUUGUUCUUCCAGAAGCCCAAGUUUUGA